ACCGACUUGGAGAGUGAGCGAGCCAUAGAUCAUAAUCCCAUUGCAAUGCAUGGAUUGGAGGUUAACCAGUAGAAGCAACUCCCAAUUAUUUGAAGAUCAACCCUUCCUUCGCCACCAAACCCACCCAUGUCAACCACCAUAGACAAAAGCCCGUCGGAACUUCAAUCGUCUUCGGACCCUAAUAACCCACAAAUCCGCAAAGCCUUCAACUUCCUUAAGGCCCACGCCUCCGCCGUCGCCAGUUUCACCCUCCAAUGGCAAGACCUCGAGGACCAUCUCCAAUCCAUAAACAACUCAAUCCAAUCCAAACUCGACGAAAUUCAACAAUCACAAAAGCCCCAAAAUACCCAAUUGCCCAAAACCAAAAAAUCCGAACCUAGUUCCCAGAAAGAACAUUUGAGCUCAACCCUUCAACCCCUAAUUGAUUCCAAAGAAACCAAGUUGAAUACAACAGAUUCCCAAUUGAAUACCCCGAAAACCCAAGUCAAACCCGAUGAAUCGUUGCCUGCGAAAGUGGGUGCCAAUGGGAUUCCUGUACGUGAUGGGAAAUCUUUGAUGGAUUAUCUGAAGAAGAAUUUGAAAGAGCAUGAAUCGAUACGUGAAGAUGUUAGACAUGCGCUUAAGGGUUUGAAAGAUUCUGGGAAAGUAGUUUUGGAUGCCAUUAAAGGGUUUUAUCCACCGGGAUUGAAAACGGGAGUUGUUGAUCCCGAGCUCAGUGCUUUGAGGAGAAGUAGUGUGCUUUUGUUGGAGGAGUUGAUAAAUGUGAGACCUUUGAUAAAUGGUCGAGUUAAAGAAGAGGCAUCUAAACUUUCUUCUGUUUGGAAGUCGAAGAUGAAUCUGGAAAUGGUGAAUUCUAUGGAGGUUUGGGGGUUCUUGCUGCUUUUGAAUGGUUAUGGGUUGGCUGGGGAGUACAAUAUGGAUGAGAUUUUGAAUCUUGUUGGCACUGUUGUGCAGCGUAAGCAGGCUCCUGAGAUGUUUCGGUCUCUUGGUUUCUCUGAUAAAGCCUCUGAUUUUAUCCAAAAACUUAUUUCUCAAGAUAAGCUGAUUGAGGCUAUCAGAUUCAUUUAUACAUUUGAGUUGGUUGACAAGUUCCCACCAGUACCCCUUCUUAAGGCCCAUUUGCAGGAGGCCAAGAAGGUUGCUAACUCUAUUUUGAAAAACAGUUAUAACUCUUCCAAACUGAAGGAUGAUGCGGCAAAUAAAGAAAUAGCUGCAAUGAGAAGUGUAAUAAGAUGCGUUGAAGAUUAUAAGCUAGAAUCUGAGUUCUCUCCUGAGAAUCUUAAAGAACAAAUUGAGAGUCUGAGAAAGCAAAAGAGAGAGAGAGCACCACCAACGCAUUCUGCUCUUGCUGCCAAAGCUCAGAUGCAGCAGCAGCAGAGCGGACAGAAACGUACACUACAUGAUUCUAAAACCCAAAUGAAAAGGCAGGAUAACAGAAGUAAGCAUCCACGAACAGUUCCAACUGCUGGCGCUCUAAACUAUUCUGGCAGAGCACCAACCACAGUCCAGUUGCAUCACCGUUCAGCCGGUGGGUAUGAAGGUGAAAGAACAGAUUACUUGUUAAAAUCAGACAGAAUGGCCGCAGCAUCGAAUGUCUCUAGUAGAGCAGCUGCACUCCAAGCAAUGCAUCACAGUGCAGAAGGCUUGUUUGAGGGUGAAGGCGCAGAAUACUAUUUAUCAGCUAGAAUGCCGACAUCAGGGGUUAAUGCUGCUGCUCCUGCUCCAAAUCCAUCUUUUGGUGCCUCGUCAAACAUUUACUCCAUUGAAGCGUCUCGCUAUCAGCCAACAGCUUCAUACACUGGCCAGGGGACUGAGUACUCUUCCCGGUACUACAAUUUGGCCCGCUCCAUCCUCGAUUUACAUACAAACUUACCAUCUGGAUCCCAUGGUUUGACGAGUUCACCACCUGUGACCCAGCAGACAAACUUGGCCGGUGGAAACUAUAGUUUAUCGAAUUCUAACCCUGAGACUCAUCAUAUGAGCUCUGCUCAUUAUGGAUUAGCAGGCUCUGGAGCUAGCACUGCACAUAUGAACUCGUCAGCUGACCUGUAUGGAAUUAGUGUAGGCACAAGUGGGAGGAGGACUGAGCAGUUCGGAUCUACAGGAGCAGUUCAAGCUGCUGCUGGCAUCACUUCCAAUGUAAGCCCACAUAGUAAUCUGGCUUAUUAUCCUGGGGAUCCUCCUCUGCGGGCAGCUACUUACAAUGACAGGCCAGCUUCUUCCAGCAGUGGUUAUGAAAUGCUGUCUAAUCGACCUUAUGUGUUUCACCUUUAGCUUUAGUCUCAACUGAUAAUCAUAAUUUAGUGCAAGUUUUUUUUUUUUUUAACUUACAACUUUGGUAAUGCUACACACCUUUUAGAGAUUUUUCUGUAAUUAUUGUCCAGGGAUGUUCCGUGGAGGCUCUUGGCAAAUGUUUUUGGAUACUCAAUUGGUGUCUGAUACUUGGUAGUAGUACUUAAUGCUGCUUAAGUGCUGCUUGCUGUGAAUUUUGUAGAUGAACAUGUUUGGUUGCAUGAUUAUUUAAUUUAAUUUCACAA